ACCUGUGUGCGAGACAGAGCCGUUCUUUCUAUCUUGGCUGUUCGGAAUAUCAGCACAGAGUUGGCUCAGCAGGCUGUGGAUGAAGUUUUUGAAUCCUGUUUCAAUGACCAUGAGCCUUUUGGCAGGAUUCCUCAUGAUAAGACUUAUGCAAGAUAUGCUCGCAGAGACUUUCAGAACCGUGAUCGGUAUUACUCAAACAUAUGAAAGAAUAACAUAUUACUGAGCAUCAGUGAUCAUGAAGAAACAUGAUUCUUAAGUACAUAAAUGUGUAAAAUGUAAAUGAUCAGUCAGAUACAGAUAAAAAUGCAGAAGAUGCUGAUUUUAGCAUAUGACUACAAAAAAUAAAUAUGGCAAAAAUAAAGUCUUUAAACUCAAAGGCAAAAAUUGUAUCUUUAUAGCUAGUUACUUGGUAAAUAAGAUAAAUAAAUGCCAGUUUUGUAUUUUCUACAUUGUACUUGU